AUGAGCGCCAUCAAGCCCAUUGAUGCACUUGGGUGGAUCCAACCUCAUUGUGCUUCGACAGCUUCAGAGUGGAGCGCAUCCCAAUCAAUAUCAUCUCCAGAAGACAGCCGAACCUUGCAAGUUCUUUGUCUCACAAGCCCUCGCGAAGCACCUCAACUCUCUUUCUACCUUUUCAAGACCAAGGCUAGACUCGAGGCUGGCAAUGGCUCUCGGAUAGGGCAUAUCUGGACCAUGUCAUCAGGCCAUGGGGGCAGGCUGGAGAGACCUGUCGACCUGCCCUCUCAUUCAUCACGGCGCUCCCAGUCUCGUCGCCACAGCACACAUCGGCAUGGGAAGUCUCCUAGACGGAGCGAUUCACACGAUAGGUCAAGGAGGAGACACCGAUAUCGUGUAGAUCAUAGCGAUCGCAGCGCUGCUCGUAGUCAAAGCCGUCGGGAAGCAAGUCCCAAGCCCACCAGCCAUGAGCUUGUGAAGUAUCAGGAUCCGUCUGCCCAGGCUGCAGGCGGGGACGAUGAGGUCCUCUACGUCCUCGAUAACCGUGGCGAUCCCCUCAUUGUGAGAUACGGCACAAACGACCGUUCCAAGAUCCCCGAGUAUCGUAGGUCGGGGAGUGGCAAGGUUCUUGGUGCUCGGGGAUAUCUGCACAUUAGCCGCGAAGGCGCGCGGGAGACAUUCGUUCUCAGGGGCCCUCGAGACACGGGUUCUAUCUUUCGCGACAAGCACAACCCUCUUCUUUUACAAGCGGCGCAAGCCAGAACCAAGCGCAUACGGCCACAAGCAUCUGCCGGUCAAGGCCUAGAAGACCCGGUCCAUCAGGAUUACAUAUCCCUUGGCCCUUCCCGCAAGAGGAAGCGCGACGAUGACGAAGCUUCGAUAUAUUCUUCAGAUGACGAGAGCAGAGCAUAUAGAUCUAUCCAGAGCAGAAAGAAGGAUGAGCCCUCGGACAGCGAGCUUGAGUACGACAGCGACGCCGCCCUCCACGACCGACAAGAUCAGCAGCGAGAUGUCGACCCUCUGAAGGAGAGGUCUAUCGAGCUAUCAAGAAUCGUGAAGGAGCAGCCAGGUGAUAUUGAAUCCUGGCUCGAACUUGUACAAUUGCAGCAUGAGCUCCUGCUGGAUACCGACCGUGACUUGACCAGAGCUGAAGCUCAGAGCCUGGCUGACAUCAAGCUAUCCAUGCUUGAGACGGCAAUAAAGCAUGCCCGCUCAGACACGGAUCGUGAGAGAGUUCUCCUUCGUCUCAUGAGGGAGGGCUCCAAAAUAUGGGACUCCAAAUCGCUAGGGCGCCGCUGGCGAGAGGUCACUCAGGACCACUCGGAGAGCUUUGGCUUAUGGAAAGCACGUCUGGACUUUGAAGUCUCGAAUUUGACCACCUUCAACUUUGAAAGCGUCAAACAAAUCCAUCUCGACAAAUUGCACAGGUUGAGAGAACAAUUAGUCACCACAUCCGACACAGUCAGAACAUAUGAACAGCUGAUCUAUGUGUUCCUGAGGACAACUCGCUUCAUACAGGACGCAGGGUAUUCCGAGAUGGCCGUGGCCGCUUGGCAGGCCCUCCUGGAGUUGACCUUUGCGAGGCCACCAUCGAUGGCCGAUGCAGGGGUGGAAGACAUGAAGCAGAGUCUGACAGACUUUUGGGACGGCGAGUUCCCCCGGAUAGGGGAGGACAAUGCCAAAGGUUGGGCAUCGAGCGUCGAAAGUGAGGCUCUUCCCGACAUGCCAGAUGCUGUGCUCUCCGAGGCCGUUGAACCACCCCGGACAAGGGAUGUAUACAAAGCAUGGGCCGCCAUCGAACAGAGCCAGGCUCGCAAGUCGACACUGCCAGGGCGUACCCUUGAUGACGGUAGCGAUGUCGAUCCGUUCCGGGUCGUCAUCUUCACGGACAUAGAGGAGCUUCUCUUUGCCAUCCCGACCUCGGUCAUCCCCACAGUCAGGAUGCAGCUCGUCGAUGCCUUCCUGCUCUUUUGUCAGCUUCCGCCCGCAUCCUGCGUGAGCGAUCUCACCGAAGAAGCCUGGCUUGAUCCGUUCGUCUUCACAGGCUCUUCUCCUAUCGCGGAGGCGCCACGCGCGGACAGCACGACCGAGAUCACGCCAGAAACUGGUCGAAAAGAGCCCGACUUUGCGUCCGAUGGGGUCAGAGCGAGAAUCACCCCCGAUAUUCUCUUUGGCCAGCCGCACUGGUUCGCAUAUUUCGGCGGCGCGGGCUCACUAGCAAGAGCCGAGACGGCCUCAGUGCCCAUCACCUUCUCUGCGGCUGUCAUAAGGCAGCUCGCCCGCAAUUUCCACGUCGCCGAUCUCGCCGAGUACAGCCUCGCCCUGGACUAUGCGCGAGAUCCACCGAGCAUCAAGAAGGCAGCCCGGAGCCUGAUCAAGCUCUACCCGUCAAACGUCGCCCUGUACAACGCCUACGCCAUCGCCGAGCACAACAACGGGAACCACGAGGUCGCCGAGAAAGUGCUCUCCUCAGCGACGAGCCAGAGGCUCGGGGCGGGAGCGAGCGACAGCCUGGUGCUGUGGCUGACCUGGGCCUGGCUCGAUCUGGACACCGCGGGCAAGGACGCGGCGCUCGGUCGCCUCUGUGCAUCCGUGGACGAGACACCGUCUCCUCCGUCGCCAGCGGACAGCGGGACCAGGCACGCCGUGACCCCGUCACAGCUCCUCAAAACCAGGCAAAAGUUGUCCGCGACCCGCGACCACCAGCUCUCGACGGGCAACCCCGAGGCGGCCGCCCGCGCCGCCCAAGCCGUCGCCCUGCUGGAGUACCUCGGCGCCCGGGACGGCGGGGCGGGACCGGCCUCCUCGCCGGGCGCGCAGGGCAACAUAUCCGCGGCGCUGGCCAGCGUCGAGGCCUUCUCCGGGGAGCUCGCCGCGCGGGCCCGCCACGGCCAGGGCGCCGCCGCCGCGGCGCACGAGCGCCUCCUGCAGUUCGCGGCCAGGCUGCUCUACCGGCACGCCCGGCGCGGCGCCUUCCGCCCCGCGUAUCUGCGGGAGAAGCUGCGCGGCUUCGUGCGGCUGUUCCCCCGCAACACCGUGUUCCUGUCCCUCUUCGCCUGGGCCGAGUCCGGGUCCGCCGCCGCCGCCCUGCGCAUCGACGACCCCGUCCGCGAGGUGCUCCGCGGCGUGGCCCUCUCGGGCCCGCACGACUGCCUGUCGACGCGCGCCUUCGCCAUCCGGCACGAGCUGCGCGCCGGCAACGCCCACUCCGCGCGCGCCGCCUUCGAGCGCGCCCUGCGCAGCGACGCCCUCGGCCACGCUGGCGGCGGCGGCGGGGUCCCGAGCCUGUGGCGGGACUACGUGCGCUUCUGCUACGGCAGCAGGGAGCUGCGGGGCCGGGCCAAGGACGUGUUCUACAGGGCGGUCCACGCCUGCCCGUGGUCCAAGCAGCUCGUCAUGGAGGCCUUCUCGACCGUGGUCAGGGACAUGGACUCGAGCGAGCUGCGGGCAGUCUUCAACACGAUCACGGAAAGGGGGCUGCGGGUGCACGUGGAACUGGGCGAGUUCGUGGACAAGUGGAAGGAGGAGCAGAGGAAAGGAAAGAGAGCAGAAACAGAUGAGUUGAUCAUUUGA